GCUUGGAGCCCCACAGUUGACAGUGGCACUGCACCGAAACCGCUAGCUUGCACGGUGUUUAAAUUCUGGUGAAGUGUGUGACCCUCGGCGACACAAUGCGUUUAGUACUCUUGUUAUCAAUUGUACUGGCAUGUGGUGCAGCUCAAGAAAGAUUUACGACUGAUGCAGUAAAUGAUAAAUUGAAUAAUGUAGAACCAAAUCCAUCCGUUCGCCUCGACCCCUACAUUCGUAAAGCAUUAUUGAAGGCACUCAGCGAGUUGGAAGAAAGCACAAAUGUUAACGACGCAGAAACGACGGAUCCAACGUCUUCUUCAAGUGCCGAAAUCUCCAGCUCUAAUCAAGAUGCUGGCCAACCUCGAGUAAGCGAAAAUAUACAAAUUCACUCAUUUGUAGUCAACGGUCAAGAAGCUUUCAAAAACAACUCAAACACAGCGCCAACGUUGUUAGAUAAUAAGAUAUCUAUACUUAGCACAACUGUUGGCAAUGUUGAAAAUUAUGUAACUGCAACGCUGCCAACGCAAACUCCAUUCAAAGAAAUUUUUCAAGCGAAAGAAACUGGAGUGAACCUGCAGCAAAUAAGAAGUAUAUCGAAUACACCAAAAUCGAAUUUUAUCAGUAAUCAGUUUAAUAAAUACACGACACCAAAAGCCCGCUUGAUAUCAACCACUUCAGCAACAACAACAACCUCAACAACAACUACAACUCCUAAACCAACACAUGAUGAAGAUGGCGUCAAUAUCGAAGAAGUCGACAAACGUGAUGUACAAGUUUAUCAAGCACCUUUAGUUGCAGCGUUUACUGUACAUCAAGACGCACAGGGAGUUCCAAAAAAAGUUAUUCCCAUUUAUCAACAGACCAACAUCAAUAACCAGGAUUUAGUCAAAGGUGUUUCCAAUAUAAUAUCUGCGCAAGGUUCUGAAGAUGUCCCGAAAUUUUCGUCUAAUGAUUAUAUUUCUCAUCAACUUACAUUACAAAAGCAACUUGAGGAAAAGCAAAGAAUUUUAGAGGAACAACUGAGAUUUCUUCAGUUUCAACAGAGGCAACAAGAGGAACUAUUGAGAAAACAGCACUUUUUGCUUCAGCAAAAGGAAGCGCAAAGGCAACAAAUUUUAUUUUUAGAACAAGAGCAAUUAAAAAGACAGCGUAAUGAACAACAAAAUGGUUCCCAGAAUAAUAUUCAACAAACUGUGCCUUUCUUAAACAAUGCGGGAAUCAAUUCACAGGCUUCUCAGAUAACUAUUCAGCCAAGUGUUUCAUUCGAUCAAAACCAAAAUUUAUUAGCUAAUCAACAACAAUUACCUAGCAGAGAGGCUGUUGAUUUUCUCAUUCAUCUUCGUAAUCAACAGCAAGAACAAUUUCCUCUACAAAGCAAUCACCUUCCACAAGGCAUAACUAACUUCUUACAACCCAGUCAAUCUCAGCAAUUUGUUCAAAACCAAAAUAUACAAUCACCAAAGCAAGGAAACCGUGUGUUCCGUCAUGAAAGUGGUGUAGGAAAUUUAGGUUUCAAUAAUCCCAACUACAAUAGAUUCAAUACAUACAAUCCUGUGCAAUCAAACGGUUUCUUUCUGAGUCAGCAAAACCAAUAUAACUCUGAUAAUGAAUUAAGGCAGCUAUUAUUUCAAACUGGACUGAAUGGCAGAUCACACGAAGAUCUUAACAUAGUGACAAAGGUUUUGUCACUAAAUCACGGCGUUCCCAUCAACAACAGCGUUUCUAACAGGCUUGUUUUCGAUAGUAGACGACAUGUUCGGCCGUGAUAGUAAGUAGGUUGUUUUCUUGCCAAGUUGCCAAUGAUUAAUAAGUGCAGAAAAUAAAUACUUUGAUUUAAGUACUGAUUGAAAAUUACCUAAUAGAAGAUCAUUCCUAUUAUAAAAGAGAACAGUCGACUUCAGUUGUAAUUUAUAAGACAAGAUAAUUAUUCUAAUUUACUAUAUUAUAUUAGGUAUGUAUGUAAUAAUAUAUGCGCAUAUAAUGUAAUAUACCUACUUUUUAGUUCUAUAUUAUAAUGAAUAAACAUAAUUUAUACAAAUUUACAAUCUUAAGAGGUUGAUAUUAUGUUGGGUAUUCAAAGAAUUAUACCUAUGUAAACGGACGGAAUAAAUAUGAGCGUGCGUAAAAUUGUAUGUAGGUACUCUACGUUUUUUGUAUGUAGUAGGUAAUAUAUAAGGAAUUGUAUUGUAGUUUAGUUAUAAAAUGUAUUAACACGGUAAAUUUAUAAUAAUAUUUAUUUUAUCCAAUAAGAACAAUCUUGUAUUUGCCAUAAUUUUACUAGAUUAUUUGUUACUCAAAGUUAAUGAGCGGCCAACGGAUACUGGUUUCCAUUGUAUUAAAAUUGAAUUAAAAUAUCAAAGAAUAUUUUAGCCACAUUUUAGCGUUAAGCUACUAUUAUGUAUUUUGUGGUUUGAUGACAGUUUUGUACAGAAUUAUUCGUACCUAUAUUUUGAUUGAAUAAUAAUAAUCGAAACUUACUUAAAACUUAAUAAGUAAAGUACUUAAUGAAAUAUUGCAUUUGUACAAAAUUCCUUGAUUUAAAAAUAAAACAAAAUAAAAAACAA